GUGGCUCAUCGCUUGUUUCACACUCCCAUUCUGCCGUAUAUCUUGCUGCCAGGGAGGGUUGAGGGUGUUCCCGCAGGAUUCCAUCAGAAGGCACUAGUCCUUUGUGAACGUAUGAGUGACAUGGAUGUGAAUCUGUUGGUUCAGGAACCU